AUUUUCAUUUUCGUUCAAAGCGACCGGAGUUUCACAACUUUUGCGACACGUUUCGGUAUCUGGCAAAUAAAUAGUUCUGGAUUGGAGAAUCGGGUUAUUAAUCCUAAAAUCCAUUUGAAUAGUGGCGUAUCAUUUACGGAAGAAUGGUCACAAAGUUAGUUUGCAGUUACAACGAACCGGCAAUCGGAGGAUUGGUUGCAGCCGAAUUGAUAAAAAGCACCAAUCCCAUCGAGGUCAGCUGGGGUAAUGAAACGUCGAUUACCUUUUCGAAUCGCACACUGGUUUGUGUGACCAAUAACGAUGUGUUGCGAUCGCUGGCACGGGAUGCCCCCAAGUAUCAGCUCUACGGGAAGACACCGAUCGAACGGACGCAAAUUGAUCACUGGUUGACCUACACGCUUUCGGUGGAAAGAGAUCCGGCCGAUGAGCUGAAGUAUCUGAAUAAGUGUUUGGCUCCGCUAACGUACCUGGUGGCAAACCACUUGACCAUCGCCGAUCUUGCCGUUUACAAUCAGUUGUUCCGGAGCUACGAUGAGCUCAAAGCGAUUGGAAUUCCGGUUCACGUCCAAAGAUGGUACGAUCUGGUAUCGGCUAAUCCAUCGGUGAGAAGUGUGCUGAAAGCCCUACCGAAGGAAGCUAAGAUAAUCGCCAAAAAAGUUCAGCAACGCGGAGGAAGCGUUGAGAAAGCAUCUGCGACAUCGGAGCGAAAACAGGAAGGAAAGUUCGUGGAUCUACCAGGAGCUGAAAUGGGAAAGGUUAUUGUUCGUUUCCCACCGGAGGCUUCCGGGUAUUUGCAUAUCGGACAUGCUAAGGCGGCUCUGCUGAAUCAGUACUACCAACAGGCGUUCCAGGGUAAACUGAUUAUGCGAUUCGACGAUACCAAUCCUGCUAAGGAAAAUGUUCACUUCGAACAAGUUAUUCUUGAGGACUUGGAAAUGUUGCAGAUUAAGCCGGAUUUGUUUACGCACACCUCUCAGUAUUUUGAUUUGAUGUUGGAGUACUGUGAGCGGUUGAUGAAAGAAGGAAAGGCUUAUGUAGAUGAUACCGAGCCUGAACAGAUGAAGAAGGAACGCGAAGAACGCGUUGAAUCCAGCAAUCGAAACAAUUCUGUCGAUAAGAAUCUUCAAAUGUGGAAGGAGAUGCUGAAGGGAUCCGAACUCGGACAGAAGUGCUGUGUGCGGGCCAAAAUUGAUAUGUCAUCGCACAAUGGCUGCAUGCGAGAUCCGACAAUCUAUCGAUGUAAGAACGAGCCCCAUCCACGCACCGGAACUCAGUACAAAGUGUAUCCAACGUAUGACUUUGCCUGCCCGAUUGUCGAUGCCAUCGAAAAUGUGACUCACACGCUGCGAACAAUGGAAUAUCACGACCGAGACGAUCAGUUUUAUUGGUUUAUCGAGGCGCUCGGAUUGCGCCGGCCGUACAUCUGGGAGUACAGUCGUCUGAACAUGACCAACACGGUGCUGUCGAAGCGCAAGCUUACAUGGUUCGUGGACAGCGGACUUGUUGACGGGUGGGACGAUGCACGUUUUCCAACUGUUCGGGGCAUUCUACGGCGCGGUAUGACUGUUGAAGGGUUGAAGGAAUUCAUCAUUGCGCAAGGUUCAAGCAAAUCGGUUGUGUUCAUGGAGUGGGACAAAAUUUGGGCAUUUAACAAGAAGGUCAUUGAUCCGAUUGCACCUCGCUACACGGCAUUGGAGAAAGAUAAUCGAGUUGUGGUGAACGUGGAUGGUGCCAAGCUGGAAGCUGUGCAAGUUCCGGUUCAUCCUAAAAAUGCCGAUAUCGGUUCGAAAACUGUUUGGCUCGGACCGCGUGUCCUGAUCGACUACGCCGAUGCGGUUGAACUGAAGGAAGGAGAAAAUGCCACAUUCAUCAAUUGGGGUAAUCUGUUGAUCAAGAAAGUGCACAAAGAUGCCAGCGGCAAGGUCACUGCGGUGGAUGCCGCCCUCAACUUGGACAAUAAGGACUUUAAGAAGACGCUGAAAUUAACGUGGCUUUGCGAACAAGACCCAUCAGAAUAUCCUCCGACAUUCUGCGUUUACUUUGAGCACAUUAUUAGCAAACCCGUGCUGGGUAGAGACGAGGAAUUUAAAAAUUUCAUCGGUCAUCAAACCAGGACCGAGGUGGCGAUGCUGGGCGAUCCUGAGCUGAAAAAGCUCAAAAAGGGAGACAUCAUUCAACUCCAACGGCGUGGGUUCUUCAAGGUGGAUCAAGCAUAUCAGCCGGUUAGCGAAUUUAGCGGCGUCGAAACGCCGGUGGUGCUGUUCUCGAUUCCGGACGGUCAUGCCAAGGAACAGCCAACAGCCGGAGUACCGAAGAAGGCUGUCGCUGAGAGUGGAACGAAGAAACAACCAAAAGCUGAUAGCGGUAAUAAAUCGUCGUCGACAGUCACUGCAAGUACUACAUGCCCUGCUGCGGAAAUAAACGAUCGGAUUGUGCAACAGGGCGACCAAGUUCGGAAACUAAAGACGGACAAAGCCGCCAAACCAGACAUUGAGGCAGCUGUGAAGGUUCUGUUGGAUCUUAAGAAUAAGUUUAAAGAAGCCACUGGUCAGGAUUGGAAGCCAGGUGUGGUUGUGCCAGCUGCAGCCCCAGCCAAAUCUGAUACAUCGAUCGAGUCAUUGAAUACCAAGAUCGUAGACCAAGGCAACGUUGUGCGUGAAUUGAAGACCAAAAAGGCACCGAAGGUAGAUGUCGAUACCGCCGUUAAAGUGCUGCUAGAUCUGAAAGCACAAUACAAAACUGCCACUGGUAAGGACUGGAAACCGGAUGCUAAUCCGGUGCCAACAAUAGCCGCAACUUCCGUCGAAAAAAGCCCUACUGUGACAGGCUCGUCCGCUUCGGAUAUAAACGAGAAAAUUGGCAAGCAGGGUGAUGUCGUUAGAGAUUUGAAGACGAAAAAGGCUAGCAAAGCGGAUAUAGACGCACAGGUUAAAGCUCUGUUGGAUCUGAAAGCCCAGUACAAAGCGGCCACAGGUCAGGACUGGAAACCAGGUUGUGCGCCUCCGGUUGAAUCAAAACCAAGUUCUCAAGCGCUUUCAGGGAACCCAGAGGCUGUCUUGUUAGAGAAAAUUGCAGCUCAGGGUGAUGCGGUCCGCACUCUAAAGACUAAUAAAGCCGAUAAAGCCGCCGUCGACACUGCAGUUAAGGCACUUUUGCAGCUCAAAGCCGACUAUAAGACGCUAACAGGAAAGGACUGGAAACCAGGGACUGUUGCAGCUCCCGCCUCAAAUCAAAACAAGGAAAACAUGGCUCCAACAAAUAACGAUUCUGCCGGAUCGGAAAAGGAUGUCCUGGUUGCCAAGGUUAACGCUCAGGGAGAAGCGGUCCGGAAUCUGAAAUCAUCCGGUGCAGCCAAAGACCAGGUGGAUGCCGCAGUAAAAGCGUUGCUCGAUUUGAAGGCCGAGUAUAAAAAGUUGACCGGCACUGAUUUCCCGGUGGCAGGACGCGCCCCGAAACCAGCAGCCCCCAAAAAGGAAGCUAAGAAGGAGGAGAAACCGAAAGCCAAGCCAGAACCUGCCAAACCGAAAGAUGACGGUAGUGGUCCGAAAAAGCAGACGCGCUUGGGAUUGGAGGCUACCAAGGAGGACAAUCUCCCCGAAUGGUACUCACAGGUUAUCACAAAGGGAGAAAUGAUUGAAUACUACGAUGUGUCCGGCUGCUACAUUCUGCGCCACUGGUCGUUCGCCAUCUGGAAGGCCAUAAAGACGUGGUUCGAUGCGGAAAUCACCCGCAUGGGUGUAAAGGAGUGCUAUUUCCCGAUCUUCGUUUCAAAGGCCGCGUUGGAGCGUGAAAAAUCGCACAUAGCCGAUUUUGCGCCGGAAGUGGCUUGGGUUACCAAGAGCGGUGAGUCGGAUCUUGCCGAGCCGAUUGCCGUGCGUCCGACGUCGGAGACGGUCAUGUAUCCUGCCUACGCUAAGUGGAUCCAAUCGUAUCGUGAUUUGCCAAUCCGGUUGAACCAGUGGAACAAUGUCGUGAGAUGGGAAUUCAAGCAUCCCCAGCCAUUCUUGCGCACCCGUGAAUUUUUGUGGCAAGAAGGUCACACUGCAUUCGCCGCGAAGUCAGAAGCUGAACAAGAGGUGCUGGACAUUCUUGACUUGUACGCCAAAGUUUACACCGACCUGCUGGCCAUUCCGGUCGUGAAGGGACGUAAAACUGAGAAAGAGAAGUUUGCCGGAGGGGACUACACGACCACGGUGGAGGCUUUCAUUUCCGCAUCGGGCCGAGCCAUUCAGGGUGCUACCAGCCACUUCCUGGGUCAAAAUUUCUCCAGGAUGUUUGACAUUGUGUUUGAACAUCCGGAGACUAAAGAAAAGGAGUACGUGUAUCAGAACUCAUGGGGAUUAACGACGCGUACGAUCGGCGUUAUGAUAAUGGUUCACGCCGAUAAUCAAGGUCUCGUGUUGCCUCCUCGAGUCGCCUGUAUCCAAGCAAUUAUCGUACCCUGUGGAAUCACUGCCAACACCACAGACGACGAGAGGAAAUCACUGUAUGCCAGCUGCAAGGAACUGGAAAGCGAAAUUGUCAAGGCUGGCAUCCGAUGCGAGGGAGACUACCGCGACAAUUAUUCACCUGGCUGGAAGUACAACCACUGGGAACUAAAAGGCGUACCCAUUCGCAUCGAACUGGGUUUCAAGGAUUUAAAGAACAAUCAGUUUGUGGCGGUUCGUCGUGAUACCGGCGAAAAAAUUACGAUCAAGCGUGAUCAAGCCGUCAAGGAACUGCCAGCUCUUUUCGAAACUAUUCACGAAAGUAUGCUCAAAAAGGCAGAACAGGAUCUUAACGAUCACCUGAAAGUUACCAAGAAGUGGGACGAGUUUAUCCAGUUCUUGGAUUCGAAGAACAUAAUCAUGGCUCCGUUCUGUGGCGAAACCCCAUGCGAAGACAGAAUCAAAGCCGAAAGCGCCCGCGACGAUGCAGAGGCUGAACCCGGAGCACCAGCGAUGGGAGCCAAAUCGUUGUGCAUCCCGUUCGUGCAGCCGGCCAAGAUCCAGAAGAGCGACAAGUGCGUCCACCCAGCAUGCGGAAAAGGUGCAAAGUUUUACACACUUUUCGGCAGAAGCUAUUGAAAGGAGUUCUCAAACUAAGCUAAAAAGAGAAAUUAAUGACAAUUGCAAGCAGGCUUCUUUCGGGAUAAUAAUUUAUUUAACUUUGUUUUUGUUCAGUUUUGAAUUAUUUUAAGCCAACUCAAGUAUGCUAGUAGUUGUGUUUGAUUAAAAAUCUAAUCAUUUAAAUAGGUUCAAGCCUUUAUCUUAUUACUAGACUAACUUUGCCAGAGUAAACUUCGAAUUCGAAAUAAAA